CGUAGCGAAUCCACCACAUUUCCUUGCCAUCCCAUCAUCGUCAACCACGCAACCCUUACUCGCGCGACACUCCGCUGCCUCUUUUCUUAUCACGACCUAGCGCUCCGCUCUCUGCCCUGCCACCGUGUCCUGCCCAGUAUCCGGAAAGACGGGAGGGACUUGUCCUGCCUCUUCGUCCUCAUCAUCACGCAUAAUGCCAGCCGCUCCACCAAAGCCGUGGGAGAGGGCAGGAGCUGCGGGCUCAGCAGCAACGACGACAACAGCUGCACCGUCCACGGUAGCUUCUACAGCAGCACCGGUCGCGACGGCAGCGGGUGCUCCAGCCGUCCCUGAGCGACCGUCAUCACUCGCAUCCACCUCCGCAGCAGAUCCAUAUGGCUCGACGGGCGCCUACUCAUCAGCGCUGAAUCGCCCCGGUAUGGCAGGCAUGACAGGCAUGUCCGGCAUGUCCGGCUAUGGGGGCGGGUAUGGCGGCGCGUACGGCUCGCCCUACUCUCGCAUGGGAGGAUACGGCGGAUAUGGAAUGGGGGGAUAUGGUGGAUAUGGUGGAAUGGGAGGCUACGGGAGUGGAUAUGGCGGACUCGGAGGGUAUGGAGGGAUGGGAGGGUACGGGAUGGGAAUGGGAGGGUAUGGCAUGGGCGGCAUGCCAGGGAUGCCGGGAGGGAUGCCUGGCCAGGAGAUGUCAUUGACGCAGCGCAUGGAAUCCGGAACCCAAGCAACAUUCGAGCUCAUCUCCUCAAUCGUCGGCGCCUUCGGUGGAUUCGCUCAAAUGCUCGAGUCAACAUUCAUGGCCACACACUCCUCUUUUUUCGCAAUGGUUGGAGUUGCCGACCAAUUUGCAUCACUGCGCAACUACCUCGGACAAGUGCUGAGCAUCUUCGCACUCGCGCGUUGGUUGAAGGGAUUGCUGUUGAAGGUGACCGGGAGAGCUCCGCCGGCCAAUGGCCAGCCUGGCAAAGCAAAGCCCAGCAAGCGACCGCUCGUGGUCUUCUUCCUCGCUGUUGUUGGUCUGCCGUACUUGAUGGGCAAGCUGGUGCGGCUCAUCACGCAACGACAAGAGGCAGAGCGCUUGCGCCUUGAAGCCGAGCAGCAGACUGGCCAGCAAGCAGGUCACCUCUCUCUGCCCGAUGGAGCCUCCAUCGACCCCAGCAAGCUCAGCUUCGUCCGUGCUCUGUACACAUACGAGUCGUCUGACCCGCUGGAGCUCAGCCUCCGGCCGAACGACAUCGUUGCGGUACUGAGUAAGGUGGAUCCGAGUAGCGGGCAGGAAAGUAGCUGGUGGAGGGGAAGGACGCGCGAUGGAAGGAUUGGCUGGUUCCCGUCCACGUAUGUUGAGAGUCUGGAGACGGUCAAGCAGAGGGCGGCGGGCAAAGGCGUUGCCGAGGAGGGGAAGGCUGUCGAGGGACAGGCAGCGGCCUCACCAGCCGCUACGACGCCCGCAGCCGUGUCUGUCAAGUCAUAA